UAGUAAGUACGCAUAAUCUUCUUCUUCGACCACUACAGGGAAAAAAAAAAAGUACAUUAUGCCUCGUACUACUACUACUACUACUUCCCGGAUAAGCACGGCGGCCGAUCGGGAAAUCGACGACCUUUUCGCUGCCAGAAACGCCUCCGCUUGUUUCAAGAUCUUUCACUACCCGUUGAUCUUGAGCAGCUUGCUCUUUUUCCUCUGCUUCGGCACGUGGAUGUUUCUGCACAUAAGGAAUCUGGAGGAACUUCAUAGUAGCGUGCAUCAUGGAAACAGCAAAGGAGAUCACGGCACGACGAGGAACAGCAACGAUAUCACUCGCACCGGCCAGAACAACAACGAAGCAUCAUCAAAUAAUAACCGGCGUCCCCUGGAAGCCUUAAGAACGCCGUUCGAAAAGGAAACUCUGCAAAACAGCAUGAAGAAUCUGCUGCGGAAAGAGCAGCAGAAGCGCCGUUCUACUUCAGGUCCAGGCGGGGCUGAAUCUGGAGGACAGCAAGCUUUAUUUCUGGACGACAGCAGCACAACUUCAGCAGCUUCUGUUGCAGAAUUUUCAACAUUUGAGCACGAGCACGACGGGGAAGUUGUACAACUUCAAGCUAGUACCAAAGAAGGUCAAGAAGUUGUUAAUAAUACAACGGGAAGAUUUAUUUACUUGCAAGAGCAAGACCAAGAGACAGCAGCAGCACAAGUAACACGCAAACAAGAAAUAAACGAGCAACGUCUUCUCCGGAACACAGUGGUUGAAGAGUUCUGCGGGCAUUUUUGUGAUUACCCGAAAUUAGAGCAGAUUUACGGGCAAAAUUUCGAAUUUGACGCUAAGUACGCGGAUACGUUAACCUUGGUCGACGCCUUUGAUCAGUUUGUCAAGGACUUUUUCGGCGGGGGCUCGUCUCGCGGCGGUGUAAGUGGAAAGGAAGAAGUGGCCGCCGCUCAGAGGCGUCGAGGAGAUUCAGCACAGCAGCAGGUAGUACUGCAGCGUACAGAGGAACCAGGAACUAGUAGUACGUCAACAGGUGAAGAAGUAGAACACGUUGAAAAAAAACACAGCAAAACUGAAAAAUCCCCUCUUCCCUACUCCCUCGCCUACGGCUCCCUGCUCGGGUACGAACGGCAUAAGUCGUUAUGGACUGCCAAAGUAUCGUACUAGGUAGUAGAAAUCGCAUCACAAAUUUGUCAGCAUGACAAAUAAAAUUUGUAAUGCGGAUUCAACUUGAGAAUAAAACUUGUAAUGUGAGAGUAGGAUUACUACGAGUACGAUACUUUUGCAGCGGAUAGUCGUUUAUCCCCUACGAUUCGGAUGCGGACAUCAUGCUUCCUUUGGAUUUCUGGGAGCAGAUCAUCACGUUUGUGGUGCGGAAAUUCGUCGCGGAGGAGAAUGAAAAGGAACUACUUGUUGUUUCUCCACCAUCAUCUUCUAAAAACAAGCCUAGAAGAAGAACAACAACAGCACCAACAGCAGUUGCAGCCUCCUCGCUGACAGAAGCACAGGAAGUAGAACAAAUGGCAGAACGAAGUCCCGAAACAAUGGGUGGUGAAAGAACGAAAAUCACAGCAGCACCGCCGAGUUCUUAUUUGCAGCUGCUGGGGAGUAGUAAAAUAGUGGACGCUAUCAAAUGUAAAAAUGUCUGGGUCUGGAAGAUUGCCAGGUUUGUCAUGCACAUUUUGCAUGACUCCUGAUGUCUGUGAUGCAGGCCCUAGCAUCACAGAUUUUGUAACGGCUUCCUGAUGCCUAUACCGCAUGACAAAUGCUCUUUCCGUGUAGCAAAACUUGGACUCUCUUUGCUGCUCACGCAAUACAGAUUUUUUUAGAAUCCAAAAUCAGCAUGACAAGUUGGAUUCUUCCAGACCCAGACAUUUUUACAGUUGAUAGGCAUGGGGAAGGAAAUGCUGGCAGAGGUAGGAAGGGUGCUGCACAGUGUGAAAGAUCAUGUUGUACUAGCAGGAAGCUUAUUUCCGCUCGGAGGACAAGAUCAAGAAGAUGCAACAACUGAGGAAUUGUUCCCACCAAACAACAACAGCACCUCCGGCGUUGCGAUUAUACCCUUCACGUUUGUGACCAUACCGUUUCAACAACAUCAUGCAAAGAACGAAAGCCAAAACAAAGACAAACUUCUUAUCCUAAGGAAAAACGUCCCCACCCCAGAGUCAAGAUGGGGAAUUUGCAACACAAAUCGCGAAGUUUUGGGAGUCACGCAUUACAAAUUGCAGGCUCUAGUGUAGUGCAGUUUAGCAAGGGAAGUCGCAUUACAAAUCCAUCUGCUUAUUCUGUUUACAGCGUUACAAGUUCCAAAACACGAUCGGAAAUUCCUAUCAUGGGGAUGCGCAUUACAAGUGCUCUUGUGCUUGCAGAUCUGCAUGACAUCAACCCUGGGGUGGAGAUGUUUUCAGAAAGGAUAUUUCUCGCCGUCACGUUCGCCUCUUCCCCCGUUGAAUCACUACAAGGGCUGUUCGAGGAGUCCAAAGCCGACUUUGCGCUAAUUUUCUCCGACAAGAGCUUCGAAAAAUUUGGAAAAAAAGCUAUGACCAGCUCAACCGUUACAAUCUCAAAUCGGUUACCAUAGAGUCUGGGUUUUGUGUUGCAUGAUGAGCAUGACAGACUCGCACAGCGUUCCACUUUGUGCAAUACAAAUUUCGCCAGAUUCCAGUGCGGAUUCGAUUGGGACUCCAGAACUUGUCAUGCGAAAUCCUGUGCUGGGAGUAGGGUAGAUCGUGCACUUCUUGCAUCACAGAUUCCCAUAUUCCAUUGUAACGUUUGAGAUUGUAACAGCUGAGCAGGUCAUAAAAGCGCUCAUCGAAGACGAGGAAACGAAAAAGAGGCUGGAAAAGUUGUGGCGGAAGUACCACAAGAAGAAAUUGCGGUCUGGAAGAAGAACUGCAUCUUCCAGCACAACGAUGUUGAAACAGGAUUUAUCUUCUGGGAAAAUGAUGUUACCCAGCGGUGAUAAUGAUUUUGGGAGAAACAGCUCGGUUGAGCAGCAUGAUACGAAUGCUGCGGAGAACAUCAAUCGUCACAACCUACCUCAUUUCUUUUUCCAAAACAGCACGACGCCGCAGUCCAGCAAAGCAAAUAACACUGCCGCCAUGUCCUGGGCCGGGCAAGUGGGUGCGCGGUUCGUGAUGCGGCAUAAAUGGCGGGAAUUCCAGGGCGUGUCGUUCGAAGAAGAAGAUGAACAGCAAAGCAGGGGUACUACUUCUUGGGGGAAAAGUAGUAAAGCGGAAAGAACAUCUACUACGACGAGCGCAUUUGGAUACAAAGCGUCGUCGACAGUAGUUGGUGCAGCUGGAGGCGGGGAACAAGACCGGGAAAAUGACUCCUUCUUCGACUCGUCAUCCCCCAUCACUUCUCAAAAUGAACAUCACGAGGAGCGAAUCGGAAUCCAGCAAGCGGCAACACUGACCGAGGCGGGGGAGCCGUUUUUUGAGAAGAUCGCAAACGGGUUCUUGCAGGCGUUUUUCUACGAUUCGUCUUCCAUUAGUCAGCAAGAAGAAGAAGCAGGUCAGCAUUCGUCCGUAUUGCCGCGGAAAUUGUCUAAAGACCGCAACACCCACGGCGGCGCGCAUUUCUCCGUGUUGGACUUGAGCGGGUUGAACCGGCACGAAAUGGAGAAAUUUGACCGGAUAUGCAUUUUGCAAAAGGUGAAGUAUGAUCGCGCUCAUAGGCAGGGUACAAAGAUUAUUCGCUUUUUGUUCAAAAGACAAAAUGAAAUCAAUUUGUGAUGCUGUUUCAGUUAAAAAGAAGCGAGGUCUACUGUCAUGCAAAAUACUGCAGUUAGCACUCCUACUCUCCUUUCAGCGACGCGCUGCUUACAACUUUUGCACUGCAUACCGGAAUAGGAGGCUUGGACCAGCGAGAAGCUUGGCGAGUACCGGCGACCGGGUGAAGUAUCUGUUCCACACCGCGGCAGAGAUUGGGGAAUUGGACAAGUGUCGGUCAAGUAUCACUUCGAAGCACCUGCUCUCAACAGCCGCAUCAUCUUCUACUUCAGCUUUUAGCACCCUCGCGAUUCAGCAAAGAUUGGGACUGUUGCGGGUCGAGGACUUUUAUGCAGCGGAAAUUUGUUCUCGUGCAACAUGAUACACGAGAGGCAUCACAAAUUCCACUCUGAUUUGAUGUAUAAGAACACUUGUCAUGCUAAACUACGAUCGAAGCAGCCCAGUUCUCUCAUGCAGAGACAGCUUUCGUACGUGUUGUACGGGAUUUUGAUUUUACGCUGUGGAUAACUUUCCGGAGACGAUGGAGGUGGAAAUCGGGGGGAAAGCCGGUUUAUUUGAUGUAGCGGGUGAUCUCGGUGAAGAAGACAGGAGCUCUUCUACGCUUUCGCUGGGUAGUACUACUAGGAUAAAGGGAACACGCGGGCAAAUGAACGGAACAAGCGGGGGUCAUGAUAGCGAAGUGAAAGAUCAAAAAUUGACCGGAGCAAAAAUGCAGCCGAGCCGCACCCGCAGUACAACAAGAAGGCCUCCAGAAGCAGCAAAGCAGCAGCAACCGAUCAAAACCCGGAUCUUCGUCGACGAUGCGUUGCGGGACAACCUGCUGAAAAUCUGCUAUGGUGAGCAGUAUGCGCAGCCGCGGUUUGUUUGGGAGAACGGGAAGUGGACCACCGCGACGGAGGGACGAGAUGGAGGGGGUUAGGUAGUACUUAUCGGCGGCGAGGAUAACUAGAGAGGAAGAAGUCGGAUUUUUGCGAGAUGACUGUCCUUCAACAUAGAGGGGCAUCACCCUGCUACUUAUUUUUGCGUCCUGUUAGUCGUGUAUGAUUUUCAACAAAGAAACCAAAACGCAAGAGCAAGUUUCCGAAGAUCUUCGUUUGUUUCGAAAUAGAAGCUCUACAGGUCUCUUGACCAUAGACGCC